AUGGGGAAACUAGCGGUUGCAGCAAUGACGAGUUUGUGGGUGAUUCCCAUGUCGAUGGUCGUCAACCACGUUGUUCCCGAACCCUACAUGGACGAGAUAUUCCAUGUGCCUCAGGCUCAGCAAUACUGCAAUGGGAAUUUCAGAAGCUGGGAUCCUAUGAUCACUACCCCUCCUGGAUUGUACUGUCUAUCACUUGCACAUGUUGCUACUCUGUUUCCAGGAAUGUUGUUGAUGACAACUACUUCUCAGUCCUUUUCCCAAGCUUGUUAUACGUCUGCCCUGAGGUCUACUAAUGCUGUUUUUGCAGUAUUGUGUGGUGUUCUAUUGUAUGAGAUUAUCAGAUUCUUAGGGCCGAGUCUCAGUGAUAGAAAAGCAACUUUAAUAGCUUUGGUCAUGACUCUCUAUCCUCUGCAUUGGUUCUUCACUUUCCUCUACUAUACAGAUGUUGCGUCUCUCACCGCUUUUCUUGCCAUGUACCUCGCUUGUUUGAGAAAACGAUUUAUUCUCAGUGCUUUGUUUGGUACGUUAGCGAUUUCGAUCAGACAAACAAAUGUAGUGUGGAUGCUGUUCGUUGCUUGUUCAGGUGUUUUAGAUUUCACUCUAGACUCUUCGCCCAGGCAAAUAGAUAAAAAAAAAGUAAACCAAGAUUUGCGUCAGUCCACUGAUAGGAAAGAAGCAACUCUGAUAUCGAAUCUUAGAAAAAGAAAACCUGAUAGCAACUUGGAUACUAGACACAGUUUUGACUGUGGUAAAUCUGUUUCUUCAACAGAGGAUACUUCAGGCUUAGUCUAUGAUGUUUAUGCUGUAAUCUCAACAUCUUGGAAUAUGAAGUGGAAGAUUUUGGUUAGAUUUAGCCCUUUCAUCGUGGUUGUGGUAGCCUUUGAUGUUUUUAUCCUCUGGAACGGCGGUAUAGUCCUCGGUGCAAAAGAGGCUCAUGUGGUUUCACCACAUUUUGCGCAGAUUAUGUAUUUUAGCCUCGUCUCUGCACUUUUUACUGCUCCCUUACACUUCUCAGUAGAUCAACUGAGAAAUCUACUCCAAGAGCUCCGUCGAAAUUGGCCUUUAAGCCUUCUACUAACUCUUGUGGCUCUAAUAGCUGGUUUUGCCUCUGUCCACUUCUUCAGCUUGGCUCAUCCUUAUCUCCUGGCUGAUAACCGCCACUAUCCUUUCUAUCUUUGGAGGAAAAUUAUCAACGCUCAUUGGUUGAUGAAGUACCUCUUAGUCCCUGUUUACGUCUAUUCUUGGUUCUCAAUCCUAACUUUAUUAGCUACUUGUGCUGUUCUUGUUCCUACGCCAUUGAUCGAGUUCAGAUAUUACACCAUUCCGUUUUAUAUUUUCAUGCUUCACUCCUGUGUCAGAAGCAGCAGUUGCACCACUUGGCUUCUCAUUGGAACGAUAUUUGUCUGCAUCAAUGUGUUUACAAUGGCUAUGUUCUUGUUUAGACCAUUCGAGUGGAGUCAUGAGGAUGGUGUCCAAAGGUUUAUUUGGUAG